UAAAAGAAGAAGAAGAAGAAGAAGAAGAAUAACAGAACGCUAGGCUAGUCACUUUUCCCUGAACAUGGCGGCUCACUUGAAAAAGCGAGUUUAUGAGGAAUUUUCUAGAGUUGUACAGAUUACCCAUGAAGAAGCUCCUGCCAAGAAGCUGCGACUGUCCAAACCCAGCAAGUCUGCUGCUCUACACAUCGACCUGUGCAAGGCCACCAACUCCACUGAUGCCCUGCAGUACUUGCUUCACUUUGCACGCAAGCCUGUGGAGGUGGAGAGCGUGGAGGGUGUGGUUCGGAUCCUGUUGGAGCACUACUACAAAGAGACGGAUAACUCGGUGAGGCUGAAGAUUGCAUCCCUUCUGGGUCUGCUGUCCAAAACACAGGGCUUCAACCCCGACUGCAUAGUGGAUGACGCCAUUAACACACUCAACAAUGAGAAGUCCCAUCAGGUCCUCGCCCAGCUGCUGGACACUCUGCUGGUUAUUGGUAUGCAGCUACCUGAGAGUCCUACAGUCAGACUGAGGCUCAUACAGAUGGCAUGCAAGCACCUGUCAGACACGUAUUUCGGGGUGAGGAACAAGUGUCUGAAGCUCCUUGGGUGUCUGGGCACUGUGGACGCUCCGCUGACCAAAGACAACGAGGGAGUUGGCACCUCAUUAGGAGAUGUGAAGGACGUCCAAAGUAUCAUUAGCGACUACUUUGGGGACCAGGACCCCAGAGUUCGCACUGCAGCCCUCAAAGCCAUGCUGCAGCUGCAUGAGAGAGGAAUGAAGAUUCAUGAGAUAAUUUACGACCAGGCCUGCAGGUUGCUGACAGACGACUACGAGCAGGUCCGCUCUGCGGCCGUGCAGAUGGUUUGGGUGCUCAGUCAGCUGUACCCGGAAAGCAUUGUUCCCAUCCCGUCAUCCAACGAGGAGAUCCGGCUCGUCGAUGAUGCAUUCGGGAAGAUCAGCCACAUGGUCAGCGACGGCUCCUGGAUGGUUCGGGUGCAGGCUGCCAAAACACUGGGUUCCAUGCUGCAAGUUAGUCCUCACUUCUUGGAACAAACGUUGGAUAAGAAGCUGAUGUCAGAUCUCAGGAGGAAGCGUACGGCACACGAACGGGCCAAGGAACUCUUCACUUCUGGAGAGUUCUCCUCCGGCAGGAAAUGGGCCGACGACGCCCCCAAGGAGAAAUUGGACAGAAACACUGUUUACCUCAUCGCCUCAGGGGCCUGCGGGGCCUUUGUUCACGGCCUUGAGGACGAAAUGUUUGAGGUCCGUAUAGCGGCGGUGGAUGCGCUGAGUAAGCUUGCUCGCUCGUCUCCCAGCUUCGCCGAGAAGUGCCUGGACUUCCUGGUCGACAUGUUCAAUGACGAGAUUGAGGAAGUGAGGCUGCAGUCCAUCCAUGUGCUGAGAGAAAUAUCCACCCAUAUAACACUCCGAGAGGACCAGCUGGACACGGUGCUUGCUGUGUUGGAGGACUCGUCUCGUGACAUCAGAGAAGCCCUCCACGAGUUGAUCUGUUACACCAACGUCUCCACCAAAGAGUGCGUUCAGCUGGCUCUGCUGGAGCUGCUGAAGAACCUCAAUAAGUAUCCCACCGACCGCAACUCCGUCUGGAAGUGUCUGAAGUUCCUCGGAUCCCGUCACCCAACGCUGGUGUUGCCGCUGGUUCCUGAGCUGCUAAGCACACACCCAUACUUCGACACACCGGAGCCCGACAUGGACGAUCCUGCCUACAUCGCGGUGCUGGUGUUGGUGUUCAAUGCCGCCAAGUCGUGUCCCACCAUGCCGGCGCUGUUCUCCGACCACACCUUCAGACACUACGCCUACCUGAGGGACAGCCUGUCUCACCUCGUGCCGCCGCUCAGAUUGCCGGGCAACGGUCUGGACUUGGUGGACUCGCGUUGUAGUUUGGGUUCUGUGGAAUCCGCCCAGCUCUUCCUACAACAGAGCCUGAACCGGGUCAGCACCAUCCAGAACCUGGAAGCCCCCGGAGCCCAGGACCUGCUGAACUUCACGAUUCGAGACCUACAGCGGCUGGGGGAGCUGCAGAUGGAGCUUGCUGGAGCUGCGGAUUUCUGUGCUACAUACCUGCGCUGCCAGCUUCUGCUCAUGAAGGCUCUGCAGGAGAAGCUGUGGAACAUGGCGGUACCGCUCUGCCUCAAACAAAACGUCACGGCCACAGCAGCAGCUCAACAGAUCUUAGAGGAAACCUACAAACUGGAGUUUCUGUACGGCGGUUUGGAGAGCAGGCAGGUGGCCACCAUCCAUCACGUCCGCCUCCAGGCCAAAGCUCUGCAGCUCAUCCUGACGGCUCGCACCAGGCAGGGGUUGGAUCCUCUCAUCAGCAGCUGUGAGAAGUUUUUGCAGGAUAUUGAGUCAUUUCAGAGGCUGUUUGUAGCAGAGCUUCCCCACCUGCAGGGCAGCUUUGUGGACACACUGCUGGAGCUGAUGCCACGGCUGUCGUCCUGCAAACCAGUGGAGAUGGUGAAGAUCCUCCAGACCACUCUGAGACAGAGCGGCAUGCUGCAGCUCAGGCUGCCUGAACAAAUCCACCGGGCGACAGCCACCAUCAUAGAGCCAACUGGGGAGUCAGACAACCCGCUGAGGUUCACCACUGGCCUGGUGGUGGCGCUGGACAUUGAUGCAACUCUGGAGCACGUCCAGGAUCCGCAGAACACUGUCAAAGUACAGGUUCUGUAUCCAGAUGGCCAGAGUCAUGUGAUCCAUCCUAAACCCGGUGACUUCAGAAAGCCUGCACCUGACAGACACCGACUCAUCACACAGGUUUACCUCUCACACACGGCGUGGACAGAGCCGUCUCAGAUCGAGGUGCGCCUCCUGCUGGCCUACAGCUCCUCCUCCACAACCUCCCUGUCAGCCCCCAAGCUGGGAUGGAGCGACAGCGUGGACGGCCUGCAGUCACCUGAGGCCGCCGUGGAGGGAACCAUUCCAUUCAGCAAGCCUGUCAAAGUCUACAUCAUGCCCAAACCCGCUCGCCGCUGACAGAACUCUUUAAACAGAGGAUGCACAGAUGAGGCCUUGACUCUGUUCAGACUUCACACAUUUUUUUAUUUUUUAGAGACUAGGCCAAGAGUAAAGAAUAAGUUAUGGUUUAAUAGGAGGAAGCACAAGUGUGUUUUACUUGUGCUGAGUUGAAUUGUAGGGGGAAUAUUUGUACUUUACUAUUUGUUUCUGAUAAAGACAAAGCCAUGUGAUGGAGACAAUUCAUUUUCAAAAUGUAUUUUGUGUUGGAAACAAGCAGAAAUACAUGUGCUGAACUAUACAUACAGCAUCACCGUAUGACAUUCCACAGAGUAUGGCCUGUCAAUACAAAUGGAGUUGUAUUGCAUCUUCAAUUGGAUCCAAAAGAAGUGUUUGGAUUUAACAUAAUUAAUUGUACAUGCAGAUGUUUUCCUCAGACCCUAAAUCAGUGGUUUAGGGAAAUAGUUUGGAGCCAAAAGAGCUAGCUAGCUCUAUUUAAAGCGGGGUCUGUAGAGCCUGCUCUACAGGCUGUCCUUCGCCCCUUUAUGGGCAAAAGGUGACGUCAACAGGUGGAGUGAAAGACCCCGCCCACCUUGUCGCCCCGGCCGGCCAGUUUGUUGUAUUCGGCGACGGCCUUCUCCGUCUGCAGGACCGUGACUUCGACGCCUUUCUGUAUCACAAAGUCCAGCGUGGAGGAAGGAACCUGAGAGGAGACGGAAUCAUGGCUCGUCUCCACAGACACUUUUCUUGAGUAUUUCUACACCAAAUAAAACAUGGUUGCUUUGAAGAUACAGAUUAAUAAAAAAUAGAUAACUCAAUAAAUAAAUGAUUUAUUUAUUUGUAAAUUAAAGCGUCUCAAAAACUUUUA